GGUGAGAACAUAAAUACAAUCUCUCUUUUACCGCCUCUCACCCAUUUAUCUCUCUCUCUCAAAAACUUUGAAGUCAAAAUUCUCCGGCGGCUUUUAAACUAUGUGAAAGGAGGAGAACCUCCAAAUAAAGAAGCAAUCUUUCACUUUCCCGGCGGUGGAGGAACACAAAGCCACCGGUUUUGGAUACACAGAUUUCAUUUUCAGUUGUUAAAUGGUAACUAGAGAAACGAAGUUGAUGUCAGAGCGAGAAGUAGAGUCGUCCAUGGCGCAAGCGAGACAGAAUGGAGGAGGAAGUGGUGAGAAUCAUCCGUUUACUUCAUUGGGAAGACAAUCUUCUAUCUACUCAUUGACCCUCGACGAGUUCCAACAUGCUCUCUGUGAGAACGGCAAGAACUUCGGGUCGAUGAACAUGGACGAGUUUCUCGUCUCUAUUUGGAACGCAGAGGAGAAUAAUAACAAUCAACAAGCAGCAGCAGCUGCCGCAGCUUCACAUUCUGUUCCGGCUAAUCACAAUGGUUUCAACAACAACAACAACAACAACAAUGGAGGCGAGGGUGGUGUCUUUGGUGGUGGUUCUAGGGGCAACGAAGAGGCUAAUAAUAAGAGAGGGAUAGCGAAGGAGCCAAGUCUUCCUCGACAAGGCUCGUUGACACUUCCAGCUCCGCUUUGUAGGAAGACUGUUGAUGAGGUUUGGUCUGAGAUACAUAGAGGUGGUGGUACUGGUGAUGGUGGAGACAGCAAUGGACGUAGUAGUAGUAGUAAUGGUCAAAACAAUGCUCAAAAUGGCGGUGAGACUGCUGCUAGACAACCGACUUUUGGAGAGAUGACACUUGAGGAUUUCUUAGUGAAGGCUGGUGUGGUCAGAGAACAUCCCACUAACCCGAAACCUAAUCCAAACCCGAACCAAAACCAAAACCCAUCUAGUGUUAUACCCGCAACUGCGCAACAACAGCUAUAUGGUGUGUUUCAAGGAACCGGCGAUCCUACAUUCCCAGGACAGGCCAUGGGUGUAGGUGACCCAUCAGGUUAUGGUAAAAGGACAGGAGGAGGAGGAGGGUAUCAGCAGGCGCCACCAAUUCAGGCAGGUGUUUGCUAUGGAGGUGGUGGUGGGUUUGGAGCGGGUGGACAGCAAAUGGGGAUGGUUGGACCGUUAAGCCCGGUGUCGUCAGACGGGUUAGGACAUGGACAAGUGGAUAACAUAGGAGGUCAGUAUGGAGUGGAUUUGGGAGGGCUAAGGGGAAGGAAAAGAGUAGUGGAUGGUCCAGUGGAGAAAGUAGUGGAAAGAAGGCAGAGGAGGAUGAUCAAGAACCGCGAGUCUGCUGCGAGGUCUAGAGCAAGAAAACAAGCAUAUACAGUGGAAUUGGAAGCUGAACUGAACCAGUUGAAAGAAGAGAACGCGCAGCUAAAACAUGCAUUGGCGGAGUUGGAGAGGAAGAGGAAGCAACAGUAUUUUGAGAGUUUGAAGACGCGAGCACAACCGAAAUUGCCGAAAUCGAAUGGGAGAUUGCGGACUUUGAUGAGGAACCCGAGUUGCCCACUCUAAACAAACAAUAGGAAGAUGAAGAAGUCGGAGACAGAACGAGGGAGAGAAACUGAUGAUUUCUAAGUUGUUGUUUUGUCUUUGAGGAAUGAGGUUAUAGAAUCUUUAUACUUUGAUGUUUUCUGUGUUGGUAGGAGGAACACCAUCUGAUCUUCUUUAAUUACUACUACUGUUCCUUGUGAACAAGAAGAUGAUUCUGUGUUUUCAAAAUCAUCAAUCUUUGAAAAAUAGAACCGACUGCUAUGC